UCCUUCUAGUAAAAGGGCAACUCACUCAUCAUCCCUUACAAUCAUUAUUAUGUACCGGCGACAGUGAUAUUAUACCAACACAUUCAUUCACUAUUGUUUUUUAUAUCUCAUUAUCAAAUUCUAUGAGAGAUCUAUGGACGAAGGCAGGAGAUUCUCCCUAAUGGAUGCAAUUUGAUACAUCCUUUGUGCUAUAUAACUACUACUAUUAAUGAAUACUAACAUCUUCUAUCGGUUCAUUCUUCAUCCAUCAUUCAUUUCUAUAUUUGUCCAUUUCUCUGUCUUCCUGUUCCUUCGGCACACUCAACUUGUGUUUUUACAAUUCUUCAUUCCUCUUCCAGUUCUAUCUCCAUUUUUGAUUCCAACUUCACUUACUCCAUUUUCCUAGGUAUCAUUUUAUCAAUAUUUGUGUCAUAGCCCUCGCAUUCAGUAAAUACCCUUCCUUGGACUCGAAAUCCCUCAGGUAUUCUCUCCGUACUUCGCCAGCUUUCCCACUUCCACCAUGUCUUUGAGGACAAUACGUUUUGGUCCAAUCGCUUUCUCAUCUACCUUGGACAAACUGUCUCUACAUGCAGAAUAUGAAGUUGUCGUUAGAUUACCGUGCGGAAAGCUCGAGUCCUUGUCAGUAGAUGAGUGUCUGAAAGCAUUGACUUCAGGUGAAAUAUGGGUUUCUAGUGGAAAUUCAUGCCGGAUUGAUCUCAGCAUUACUGUCGAUGGAAGAGAACUGGUUAAGUCAAAUGAUAAUCAUAUCGUUGAGUCAUUGGGAAAGUUCGUUGCAGGGUCAAAGGUUUGUGAGAUCAGUACUCAGAGGAAUAACUUACAUGCUUACCAUUUUAGAUAUGGGGACAGCUUGGAUUAUCCACGAUACUUCAUUUGCAAAAUGCGUCCUUACAAAAGGAAAGUCUCUCAAUUCGGCUCAAUCAUAAUGAACCCUCAACUUUGUCAGUUGUUAACUCUCGACCUUGGUCAUAUACAACUACCGAUGUUAAGGCACCAGAAGCACUACCAUGCGUUCAGAUGGAACGAUUAAGAUUGUGCCUAGCAUUUCGAUCGCCGCCUGUAGUAAAGCGAAUUUCAAAGAGGGUAAAACCUUCUGCUCUGGAUCCUGGGAUUGACAAAAAUUCUCCUGUACGGUUCAAAAUUAAUAAUUCUGGUGCGCCAACCAAAUCAUUGGUCAUCAAGCUCGGCCCUAGCGAGAGGAUAUCAUUGCUUUUGAAGAGUUUUGAUUCAAUUAAGCAAUCACAAAUUACUCAAUCAACCGUGCCGACCACCGCAUCAUCAAUCAUCAAACUCCCUGGACAGAAGAUAUCAGGAAUUUUGGAAGAGUAUUCUAAAAUUUUGUGUUCAAGUUUGACAUUGCAUGCCAUUCCUGCGUUGUCCCAAUUGAGCACCUACAUAAGCUCACUUCCAUUCUCCUACAAACCAUCGACUUCUAGACGCACAAUCUCUUUGAACAAAUACGGUAAGAGGAUAGAUUACCCCAUCAAAAACUUACAAAAGCUAGCAGUAAGGGCUUUGGAAAACAAAGUGGAUAAUUCUGUGCCAUCAAAAGAAACAGGGAUGGAUGAGAUCAUGCUUCUAUCAGGCGAUGAUAAGGACUCAUCAUUAACUGUUGAGAAACCUACCCGGAAACGCCGUGCCUUGGCUUGCAGUCAAGAAAAUAAUGCAUACGUCCUCGAUCCGACAGUAUCAUUCAAACUUGUUGGGGCAGCGAUACGUGCAAUGAUUGCUGGCACCGAAAUGAGACGUAGGGCAACAAAUGGGGUGAAGAUAGACAAUAUUUCAAAUAUUCCAGCAACUUCUUUGGCAACUUUGAGCCCAGUCAUGUUUUCCCCGGGAUUCAAGAAGGUAGUAUUGCACUCUACUGUAAACAAAGUUAAUCACUAACAAACACAGUCAAUGGCGCAUAACUCUCGCUACGCUCCUAGGAUCAUUCAGAUGUUGACCUCUUUAGCACACAAUGCACAGACCCUAAGCCUUAAGCAAAAGCUUGUAGACAUUGCAAACAUUCCGUCCUCUGAGUUUGCCAGUGGUAUAACUGAUGGAGAGAUUGACGGUGAGCUAGACUCCGAGAAAAGACUAGCCGCCGUGGUUCAAGCUCGACUAUGGUCAAUGAUGCAACGAACAUUAUAUGAUCCGUCGGCUGCUCAUCAGGCUACCAACAAACGCAUGACUUCAGAUAAUGCUCCUCUAAUGGAGGAGGACGAUGGAUAUGAUGACCUUCUGAACUCAAUCGGGACUGACGUUGAUAUAGAAGACCUGAAGAAGGGUGAUGAUGACUUUCAGUGGAUUAUUGAUGAACACCACAGUGAAAAAUCCGCAUUCGACUGUAUACUCAUUGAUUCCGAGGAAAUAUCAGGGGAUGCUUUUGAUGAUAUCCUUGGCGACGGAGAUGAUUUGCUGUUGAGUGAUGAGGAAAGGGAAAGAUUGGAAACAGAAUUCGAAACGGAAGAAAUGUUCUUUGGUCGUCGUUGGCAGCUCGAGGAUGAAGAACUACUCUAUGAUGAUUUGUUAUUUGUGGAAGACUCAGCUCACGACGACUUAUUACUCGAGGAGGAGAAUGGUAUAUUGGGAGAGCGGCUAUUAUUUAACCGCGAUGAGAUGUUGCUAAUUUGAUACCUAAAGUGGGUCGAUCUAUGGCGGUUGCACCAAAAAACAAGCAUUUAAGAGGUUUAGAGCAUGGUCCAAUGUUUCGAGCUUUGUGCGCGUUGCGGUAUCCGUACGGAGUACGAGGCCCAAUCAAUCCCUGGGGAAACAUUUCGUAUUAUGAGAGAAAGGGUCGUACAAGAUGUUCGAGACUUUGACCUGCCACGAUGAAUGAUUGGUCCAAGGUGUUUGCAUAUAAAAAUGGAAACGAAACAUGGUG